AUGAUUGGAUUCAGUCCAGUUGCCUCUGUAAUAGCAGAAGCAUUUGGAUGCAAGAAAAUUUUGGUUGAUGCUCAAUGUCUUCUCUUUCUAAUAGUAUUUGUUCCUGGCAAUUUCUUGGUUAUCUUUGCACUUAAUAACAAAUAGUUAUAAAUUGGAGGAUCACUUAGUAUUCUAGGAUGCUGGCUGAGAUUGCUUGUUUAAAUUUCAGGCAAUUUUUACUUAAUGAUUCCUGGAACCAUUAUCUGCGCAUUCGCCUAAGCUUUUUUCCUGAAUUGUGGUAGCAAACUUGCAACACUCUGGUUUGGUGACAAAGAAAGAGCGCUAGCUACUGCUGUUGGAGGUCUAUCAGUUCCUCUGGGAAGUAUCAUGGGAUUUGUUGCUCCUGCUCUAUUCUUUGAAGGGGAAGGAGAUAAAUAAUAAAUAUUUUACAAAUUAUCAUCAAUAAGAUAGGAGCCUAAAAUGAAUUUAGGCAAAGAAUUGAGAAUAAUUUUGGCUAAUAAGAGUUAUUUACUGCUUAGUUGCACAUUUAUAUUCAUGCAUGGGUUAUACACCACCUUUGGAGCUGUUGUCAGUUCGAUUACUAAGCCUUUUGGCUACAAGCCAAUAGAUAAUAGUAUAUUUGGUGUGAUUUUCACUAUCUUUGGUUUAAUUGGAACUUUAGUUUUUGGAAUUAUACUUGAUAAAUAUGCAAAGUACAAACUCAUUACAAACAUCAUGACGAUUGGUGCAUGUAUUUCUUUGUCACUGAUUUUUUGGACCCUUCCUACUUCUAACGUUCUUCUUCAUUCGGCUAACCUAGCUUUUGCUGGAUUCUUUAUUACUCCAAUAAUUCCCAUUGGCUUUGCUUUCUCUGUAGAGUUGACGUUUCCUGUCCCUGAAUCUGUGUCAAAUGGAAUGAUGAGUAUGAUUUGCUAGAUUUAUGGAACUAUUAUGGUAAGCAAGAUCUAAUUGAUUUAUUAUAGGGUGCUUUUGCUUCUUACAUUUGUUAUUAAGAUGGGGAAAAAGGACCGUUGA